AUUGAUUAAUUGGAAUUUUACUUCUGUUUAUUGAAAGUAAUAUCUCCAUUUUCAUUUCUUGCAUCCCCACCUGCGUUAGUUCCAGAAGCUAGUCUUUGAUCAAAUCAUUCUCUCUAAGUACACUCGAUCUUCUUCUAUCUCUGCCUCUUGUUGAUCUGAUUCAUACUUCUCAAACUCAGUCUUGUAUAAUGGAUAUAUCCACUUUGAAUCGUGGGCAACUCACAUUAAUGGGAUCUGCAUUCUGUACAAUGCUUAGUAUGCAUUUUACAGUACAGCUCCUAUCACAACAUCUAUUUUACUGGAAAAACCCAAAAGAACAAAAGGCAAUACUUAUUAUCAUCCUUAUGGCUCCCAUUUAUGCCAUCGACUCUUUUGUGGGUUUGUUGGAUAUCCGGGGUAGUAAAGCAUUCUUCAUGUUUUUGGAUUCCAUUAAGGAGUGUUAUGAGGCUUUGGUUAUUGCCAAGUUCUUGGCUUUGAUGUACAGUUACCUGAAUAUAUCCAUUAGCAAAAAUAUUGUGCCAGAUGAAAUAAAAGGAAGAGAAAUUCACCAUUCUUUCCCAAUGACACUUUUCCAGCCUCACACUGUCCGGCUGGACCAUCGUACUCUGAGGCUCCUCAAAUAUUGGACAUGGCAGUUUGUAAUCAUUCGACCAAUAUGCUCUGUCUUGAUGAUAACACUACAAAUUCUUGGCACAUACCCGACAUGGCUGAGUUGGACCUUCACCAUUAUCCUCAACAUUUCAGUUUCUCUGGCACUGUAUUCUCUGGUGGUGUUUUACCAUGUGUUUGCAAAGGAGUUGACACCACACAAGCCUCUUGCGAAGUUCUUGUGCAUUAAGGGGAUUGUCUUCUUUUGCUUUUGGCAGGGGGUGGUGCUUGACAUACUUGUGGCCAUUGGUAUAAUACGAUCUCAUCAUUUCUGGUUGGAUGUCGAGCACAUUGAGGAAGCCCUUCAGAAUGUCUUGGUAUGCCUAGAGAUGGUUGUAUUUUCUGUUCUCCAACAGUAUGCAUACCAUGUGGCGCCAUAUAGUGGAGAUAUUGAAAGAAAGAUGAAACUUAAUAAAAAUGAAUGAUAUGACCAGACAACUAAACUUUGGAGAGGACACUUUUACAUUUGCAUAUGGAAUAUUUUCUAAUUUGCUUUUCUGCUUCUGUUAAAAAGAGAAAAGGGCAGAUGCCUCCAAAUUUGCUUAGAUGCGCAGACUGACAUUUUAUAAAGAAUGGCUCCUUGUGUUGCCUAAUGGUUAGGAAGUAAGACCCGUCUGUCAUUAAGCUAUAAUACUUUGCUUGUAAUAAAAGUAUCAUAAGUUGUGACUCUUGGAUUGAUAGGAAGGGCUGGCCUUCCUUUAUGGAUGUUGUUCUUGACAAAUUUGCUCUUAUUGUAUAGCAUCGAACUCUAUUUGCUGGAA